GCUAAUAAGCUGAAACAAUGGUAUGCUAAUGAUGGCAAAAGUAUAACUUCAAUUUCUAUUUCCAGGGAAUGGUCUUGUGCAGGAAGGAUUGAUGUUGUGAAGACUAUCUCUCAAAUCAAAGAUGAGAAGCUUGGGACUUCCGGAAAACCAGGUUGGAUUUGUGUCAAUGGAGCUGUGAUAUACAUAAAGGCGGAUAAUUUUUACUAUACAUCUUGCAUUGGGGACGGACAAUGCAACAAAAAGGUUACAAAAAAUGGAGAUGGGAGGUGGUGGUGUGACCUGUGUGAUCAGUCUGUUGAUGAAUGUGAUCAUAGGUACAUACUCUCGCUUCAUAUAGAAGAUCACACGGGCUUAACAUGGGUAACUGCUUUCCACGAAUCAGGCGAGGAGCUUAUGGGAAUGUCCGCUAAAGAACUUCAUUUUAUGAAGUUUGAGAACAAGACGACGACGGGUUUCUAA